CUCCCAUCAUUCCAUAGGCCCGAGUCUGCGACCCCUCUCCCUCCCGUUCGGCCGGCCACCACCUCACUCGCCUCCCCGCCCAUUAUUAACCCCCCUGCCGAGCCGGUCAGUACGCCACCGCACACACCUCAGUCAGUCGCUCGCCCAAGAGUUGAACUGUGGCUGCCAAGGGCGGUGCGUUGCCAUUUCGUUAGCUAGCUUCCAGUUGCAGUGCCGGUGGGUCUCGUGCACUGUCAAGGCAAUGGCGGUGGCCGCGGUUGUUCUGGCAAUGCUGCUCUCGACGGCGGCGCUGUCGACCUCGCAGCACGACUACGGCGACGCCCUGCACAAGUGCAUACUGUUCUUCGAGGGACAACGCUCCGGGAGGCUACCGCCGGACCAGCGCCUCCGCUGGCGUCGCGACUCCGGGCUCCACGACGGCGCCGCCGCCGGUGUGGACCUGACGGGAGGGUACUACGACGCGGGCGACAACGUGAAGUUCGGGUUCCCGAUGGCGUUCACGGCGACGCUGAUGUCGUGGGGGUUGAUCGACUUCGGCCGGAGCUUCGGGCCGCACAAGGAGGAGGCCCGAAAGGCGGUGCGGUGGGCGAUGGACUACCUGAUGAAGACAACGGCGAAGCCCAACACGGUGUACGUGCAGGUCGGCGACGCCUUCCGGGACCACGCGUGCUGGGAGCGCCCCGAGGACAUGGACACCCCGCGCACCGUCUACAAGGUGGACCCCUCACACCCGGGCUCCGACGUCGCCGCCGAGACCGCCGCCGCGCUCGCCGCCGGCUCCAUCGUCUUCCGCGACGCCGAUCCCGCCUACUCCAAACGCCUCCUCAACCGCGCCAUCGCCGUGUUUGAGUUCGCGGACAAGUACAGGGGCCCCUACAGCAGCAGCCUCCACGCGGCGGUGUGCCCCUGCUACUGCGACUACUCCGGCUACCAGGACGAGCUGCUGUGGGGCGCGGCGUGGCUGCACAAGGCGUCGCGGCGGCGGGAGUACCGCGAAUACAUCAAGAGGAACGAGGUGGUGCUCGGCGCCAGCGACGCCAUCAACGAGUUCGGCUGGGACAACAAGCACGCCGGCAUCAACGUCCUCAUCUCGAAGGAGGUUCUAAUGGGGAAGGACGAGUACUUCCAGUCGUUCCGUGUCAACGCCAACAACUUCAUGUGCACUCUCCUCCCCGGCAUCUCCAAUCACCCCCAGAUCCAGUACUCCCCAGGAGGGCUGCUGUUCAAGGUCGGAGGCAGCAACAUGCAGCACGUGACGUCGCUGUCGUUCCUGCUGCUGGCCUACUCCAACUACCUGGGCCACGCCGGCGCGCGGGUGUCGUGCGGCGCGGCCUCGGCUUCGCCCGCGCAGCUCCGCCGCGUCGCCAAGCGGCAGGUGGACUACAUCCUGGGCGACAACCCGCUGCGGAUGUCGUACAUGGUCGGGUACGGCGCGCGGUUCCCUCGCCGGAUCCACCACCGCGCGAGCUCCCUCCCGUCGGUGGCCGCGCACCCGGCGAGGAUCGGGUGCAAGGCCGGCGCGGCGUACUACGCCAGCCCGGCGCCCAACCCGAACCUGCUGGUGGGCGCCGUGGUGGGCGGGCCCAGCGACGCCAGCGACGCGUUCCCCGACGCGCGCGCCGCGUUCCAGCAGUCCGAACCCACCACGUACAUCAACGCGCCGCUCAUGGGCCUCCUCGCCUACUUCUCGGCCCACCCCAACCCGGCCGAGUCGGGCGGCGACUAAAACCUCACAAAAAUGUUGAGGGUAGAGUGAGACGACGAACAUUUUAGGAGGGAUGGGUAGGCUGCAAGAUUGUAUUAGUAGGUUAACUAGAGCCACUUGCUUUCCUGCGAAAAAGAUGAGGCAGGAAUGGGUAGGCUGCAAGAUUGUAUUGGUAGGUUAUACUAGUAAGAUUAAGUGCGCUAAUGCUUGCCACUUUGUGUACCAUGUUUCAGGCUUUCAGCAAGUGGUAAUUACAAGAGCAUGCAUUUCGUCGUGGAA